CUUAAAGCAAGCAGGGGGGAAAGAGCAAACUUUAAUAUGAUAUUAGGGAUUUCAUAGUUUUCACAAACUUUCUUUUUCUCACCAAACAUCAUUUCUUUAGCUUAAAGCUCUUUAUGUUUACUUCAAUAAAUAGUGAAACCACACAAACCCAAAAUACUCAUUACAAUCUUGAAUCACUAGACUGAUAAUAUGGAAGUGGGCAAUAGAAGGAGGAGCACAUCAUCAAGAAAUAAUGGUGUAGUGGCUACAGGUUCUGUUUGGGAGAACAGAAUGAAACUUGAUGAAGUAAAAGGUGGAUUUAAAGUGUUUAGUAAUAGUAGUGCUGAAGAAACCCCAGAUGAAAAUGAUGAUAUAGAUUGUGUCUUUAUUAGUGGAAGCAAUAAUCAAGUGGAUAAAAAGCUGGAUAUGGGACCAAAAAAAUGUAAUCUUGAUGUUGGGUUAGUGAGUGGAAAGAGAAAAACUUGGAAAACUGAGAGUUUUGAAGGAAACCCAAUUCAGAUUGCUAGUAAAAAAACUGAUUUGAGCAAAAAUUUGGAUGGAAAAUGUAAAGAUUUGAGUGUUUCUGCUGAUGGGGUUGUUGGGAUUACAAAGAAAACUUGGAAAAAUGAGUGUUUUGAGGGAAACCCAAUUCAGAUUGCUAGUAAAAGAUCUGAUUUGAGCAAAAACUUGGAUGAGAAGUAUAAAGAUUUGAGCAAAAAUUGGGAUGAAAUGUGUAAAGAUUUGAGUGUUUCUGCUGAAGGGGUUGUUGGGAUUAGGAAGAAAACUUGGAAAACUGAGAGUUUUGAGGGUAACCCAAUUCAGAUUGCUAGUAAAAGAUCUGAUUUGAGCAAAAGUUUGGAAGAAAAAAGUAAUAAUUUGAGUGUUUCUGCUGAUGGGGUUGUUGGUAUUACAAUGAAAAAGACCCCAAUACAGAUUGCUGGUAAAAAAUCUGAUUUGAGAAAAAAAUUGGAUGAGAAGUGUAAAGAUUUGAGUGUUUCUGUUGAUGAGGUUUGUAAAAAAAUACCAAUUCAGAGAAAGAAAAGUUUUGAGUUGAGAAAGCUGAAAUCUGAUCAGUCUGUUAAUGGGAAUGUGAUAAAAUCCAAUCUUGAUGUAAGAAACUUGAAAAAAUCCAAUCUUGAGGAGUCAAGUGUGAAUCCUGAAGGGUCAAUUUUGAUUAUGAAGACAAAAUCUGAGGAGUUUGGUAUGUGUGAAGAGAAAUUCAUCACAAGCAAUGUAGUAUCUGAGGCCAAAUCUGCAAAUAAAUUAGAAGAGAAUCUUGAAAAUGGAGAUGAUAAUGAAGAUGAUGAAGAAUGGGAUGAUGUAUUGGAGGAAGAAAUCGAUGAGGGAAUUGAAAAGAAAAGUGUUGAUGUUAAAGAAAUUAGAGUACAAGAACAGAAUAAGCCUAAAAAGAUUGUGAUUGAAAACAAGAAAUUUCAGUACAAUAAUAAAAUACAAAUACCAAUUUCUUCAAUUAACAAGAAACAGCUCCCUCCUACUUCAGUCCAUGCUAAUGUUCAUCCAAGUCCAACAAGAACCAAAUCAGUUCCAGUUUCAGAUGAAUUCCUGUCUAGACAACAUAGCAAAUUACAAAGCUUGGUUGAUUUAGUGAUGUGGCGAAAUGUAUCAAAAUCAGCAUUAGUCUUUGGACUUGGAACCUUUGUUAUCAUUUCGACUUCAUAUACUCAAGAUCUCAAUAUCAGCUUUAUUUCUGGGCUCUCCUACUUGGGUCUGAUCUAUCUUGCUGCGAUCUUUCUCCUUAGAUCCCUCAUUCACAGGAGAGCCAUUGAUAUUGGUGAAUCAAGUGAAUAUGUAUUAGUGGAAGAAGAAGCACUAUGGAUACUGAAAUUGAUACUUCCUUUAAUAAAUGAGUUUCUUUUGAAAAUCAGAGCCCUUUUUUCUGGGGAUCCUUCAACUACAAUGAAGAUGGCAGUUCUGCUGUUUGUUUUGGCUAAGUUUGGCAGCUAUAUAACUAUUUGGAAACUGUCUAAAUUGGGCUUUUUUGGAGUUUUCGUCAUACCAAAAGUUUGCUCUUCUUAUUCCACACAGUUAACCUCUCAUGGUACAUUUUUUAUAAGAUACAUUAGAGAUGCUUGGGAAUCAUGUACUCACAAAAAAGCAAUUGGAUUUGUAAUCUUCACAUUAGUAUGGAAUUUCUCUUCAAUCAUUGCCAGAAUAUGGGCAGUGUUCAUGUUGUAUGUGGGUUUUAGGUACUAUCAACAAACCUUGAUGAGAGAAGACACAACUAAUAUUAAAGAUGAUGAUUUAAUAUUAGUUGGGAAAAAGCCCAAUUUAAUGGAUACAAGAAAGCAAAAGAAAGCAUUUUAAGUUAAUAAAUAGAUUAAUAUUAUAAACAAUAAUAAUUUUUUUUAUUACUAGGUGAUAGAUAAUUUACAUGUAUUCUACAUUUCUAGUUGCCCAAUUUCCCAACCAUUAUCAUUUGAUAUUUAUUUUUUUGUUCUUACUGUACAUAAUCAACUUGGGCUAGUAAUUCUUUUGGCAAUAAAAAUGAAAUAUUAUUUUUUUGA